CAGUCGAAAACGAAGGCCAUCUCGAUCCGGGGAGCCCAAAUGCGUCGACGUGUUGUAUCCGAUUCCGCUAUCGCCUCCGGAACAAAAUCCCAGAAACAGCAGAGAAUUUUCCGGGCAAGUUGUAUGUUGUCAAAUACAAACUUUGUCAAGGAACAAACGCGAGCAUGCUUACGUGUCUACGAUCUCAACCGUUUAAACGCUCAUGUUUGCCGUCAAGCCUUGGCGGCAGACCCUCUUGACAUGCUCCCUCACCACACCAUCUCACUGCUAAUGGUUCUGGUUUUCUUUCUAUAUGAAUAUGGUGGAGAGUAGAGAGGGGAAAUUUUGUUAUUUCCUUUGAGAGAAACGCUGAUGGCCGUCUGCAGGAGAGAAACAGCGAAAAUUUUUGACUAGAUAAAGACGAAGGAGAAAAACAUUCAUUCGAGUAUUGUCCUCCCGAAAGGUAAACUUUUUAUGUUGAUGACCACGACAUUUUGCGUCUCGUGGUGGGUCACUCUCUCUCACACUAACCGCUGACUCUGCUCCUUCUCUCUCUCUGCCACUGAUAUUAUUAAUUCCAUUGUCCUUUUUUUCUUUCUUUUCUUACCUUACUUUGGAGCUCUUGUUGGUUCCUUUCUUUCGCAUCCACUCACAUUUACAAACCCUAAAGAUUCCCACACAGUCUCAGCAAAUCUAAUCGUAAUCUAGUCCCUCCUUAAAACCCCAAAAAGGGUAAACACAAAGAGAACCGCUUUUCACUUUUAGUGCUUUUAUCUUUAAUGGCAAAAGGGUCGUUUAAAACACUAGGAGGGAUAGAGGAUGAGUCCGGAACAGAGCAAGAGUCAGAGGCUGAGAGUGAAGAUGAGGAAAAGCAAGAGCAAGGAGAGGAGAGGAGGGUUAUGAUAAGGGUGGUGCCUCGGGAGAGGUUUGAAAGGAGGAGUUUGCUACAGUCGCACUCUGCAAGCUGCCGCGGUGGUGGUGGUGGUCUUUUGUGUUGUCAAGCUGAUGAAUGUGAUACGGAUUUGAGAGAUGCAAAGCAAUAUCAUCGGCGCCACAAAGUCUGCGAGCGACACGCCAAGGCUGCUUUUGUUUCGGUUAAGGGCAUUCGCCAGAGGUUCUGCCAGCAGUGUAGCAGGUUUCAUGAAAUUUCAGAGUUCGAUGGUACCAAAAGAAGUUGUCGGGAUCGGUUGGCUGGGCAUAAUGAGCGUCGGAGAAAGGUCCAGUCCGACCAGCAAGCCGAGGAUGUUGAAAGAUCACCAGCUUCCGAGAUGAAUCGUAGCAUGGUGAAAAUGAAAGCUGCAAGGCAUCCAAAGCAUGGGAAACUCACACUCCAAGGUUGCCCCAAUCCUAAACGUUUUCGAAUUAGAUAACUGCAAAAUUUUAUCAAUUUAGAUCACUUGUUUAGUACUAGAUUCAGUUACCAUAUAUUAUCCUAAUUAUAUAAAUUUAUCCAAAAAUUAUUUAUAUAUUAUCAUUGUUUUCCUUUCUUUUUGC